UUACCUUUAUUCAACAUGCUGUCACUGCAGUAUUGUGUCUUUUCUCUGCUGUUUCUUUACAUUCUAACAGGUGUCAGCUGUGAAGAACUCACUCCAGUCAAGAAUGAAGAGUACAGUUUAGAAGGUAGCACUGUUACUCUGUCCUACAGAUACUCCAAAAGUGCAGAUAUGAAUGAUUAUUUCUUCUGGUAUCGACAAUAUCCAGGAAAACCACUAGAGUUCAUCAUGUUCAUCUCAGGGAUGAACAUUACAAAAACAGCAGAAUCUCUGAAAUCAGACACAAGGUUCUUUACUGAACUAACUGAAGAAAAGCGUCGUGUGGACCUGCAGAUCUCCUCUGCUGCAGUGACAGACUCUGCUGUGUACUACUGUGCUGUGAGGCCCACAGUGACAGCAAACACCAAAACUCUGUACGAAAUCAUGUUCAUCUCAGGGAUGAACAUUACAAGAACAGCAGAAUCUCUGAAAUCAGACACAAGGUUCUUUACUGAACUGACUGAAGAAAAGCGUCGUGUGGACCUGCAGAUCUCCUCUGCUGCAGUGACAGACUCUGCUGUGUACUACUGUGCUCUGCAGCCCACAGUGACAGCAAACACCAAAACUCUGUACAAAAACAUUAUGAGCAAAGACAACACAAUACUCCACAACAUCCACCAGAGGGAGUCACACACUGUUAGACUUUAACAGGAGGUCCAAAUAAAGUCUACGGUCUUACAACAAGUCAGUUACAACAGUCUUACUACU